GUGCUGUUAGUGCCUACGUAGGUUUAGUUUUCGAAGUUCUUCCGUGGCCCUUUUUGCUUAUUAUAUCAAUCCUUGGUGGGAGACAGAGGAAGCAUUUUUAGUGCUAUUUUACAACUGAGGAAAUAGAGGUUUGAAGAGAACUCAGGAAGGCUCAGGGUUAUCCAGCAUUGUGAGUGACAGAGCUUGGAUCUGAACAGCAGGCUCAUAUGAAUCAUCCAAAGAUAAGUUGCAAUCUGAGAAUUAGGACUUGAUCAGAUACCAUCUGGCGGGGUGUACCAACCAGCCUGUCUGCUCAUUUUCCUUCAGGCUGAUCCUAUAAUGCAUCCUCAAGUGGUCAUCUUAAGCCUCUUCCUACAUCUGGCAGAUUCUGUAGCUGAUUCUGUAAAUGUUGAUGGAGUGGCAGGUCUACCUAUCACACUGCCCUGCCGCUACAACGGAGCUAUCACAUCCAUGUGCUGGAAUAAAGGCACAUGUUCUGUUUUCUCAUGCCCAGAUGGCAUUGUCUGGACCAAUGGAACCCACGUCACCUAUCGGAAGGAGACACGCUAUAAGCUAUUGGGGAACCUUUCACGCAGGGAUGUCUCUUUGACUAUAGCAAAUACAGCUGUGUCUGACAGUGGCAUAUAUUGUUGCCGUGUUCAGCACAGUGGGUGGUUCAAUGACAUGAAAAUCACCAUAUCAUUGAAGAUUGGGCCACCCAGGGUCACAACUACUCCAAUUGUCAGAACUGUUCGAACAAGCACCACUGUUCGAACGACAACAACCCUUCCAACAACAACAACUCUUCCAACGACAACGACCCUUCCAACGACAACAACCCUUCUAACGACAACGACCCUUCCAACAACAACAACUCUUCCAACAACAACGACUCUUCCAACGACAACGACUCUUCCAACGACAACAACCCUUCCAACGACGACUCUUCCAAAGACAACGACUCUUCCAAUGACAACGACCCUUCCAACGACAACAACUCUGCCAACGACAACAACUCUUCCAAUGACAAUGACCCUUCCAACGACAACGACUCUUCCAACGAUAACGACCCUUCCAACGACAACGACUCUUCCAACGACAAUGACCCUUCCAACGACAAUGACUCUUCCAAUGACAACGACUCUUCCAACGACAACAACUCUGCCAACGACAACAAUGGUCUCUACCUUUGUUCCUCCAACACCAUUGCCCAUGCAGAACCAUGAACCAGUAGCCACUUCACCAUCUUCACCUCAGCCAGCAGAAACCCACCCUGUGACACUGCUGGGAGCAACAAGGACACAACCCACCAGCUCACCAUUGUACUCUUACACAACAGAUGGGAGUGACACCGUGACAGAGUCUUCAGAUGGCCUUUGGAAUAACAAUCAAACUCAGUUGUCCCCAGAACAUAGUCCACAGAUGGUCAACACCACUGAAGGAAUCUAUGCUGGAGUCUGUAUUUCUGUCUUGGUGCUUCUUGCUGUUUUGGGUGUCGUCAUUGCCAAAAAGUAUUUCUUCAAAAAAGAGAUUCAACAACUAAGUGUUUCAUUUAGCAGCCAUCGAAUUAAAACUUUGCAAAAUGCAGUUAAAAAGGAAGUCCAUGCAGAAGACAAUAUCUACAUUGAGAAUAAUCUUUAUGCCAUGAACCAAGACCCAGUGGUGCUCUUUGAGAGUUUACGCCCAUGACUGCAGAAGACUGAACAUAUCGGACGUCUUUUAGACUCCAAGACAAUUUUUCUGUUUCAGUUUCAUCUGGCAUUCCAACACGUCAGUGACACUGGGU